UCUUCUCAGUCUGCACGUGGUGCAUGUUAUCAAAAUGGCAAGUGAGAACACAGAAGAAACGGACCAAAUAUUGGCUGAAUUUUUGUCCUGGUGUGGGCGAAACGACCUUAAAUUAAGUGAAAAGGUGAAGGUUGGACUAAAGGGAUCUUGUCAUCGUUAUGGCAUGACAGCUGUGGAGAACAUUGAGGAAGGGGAAUCCUUGUUUCAAAUUCCACGGUCACUUGUUUUGCAACCGAAGACUUCAUCCAUCUCCAAACUUUUUGAAGAUUUAUCUGAUGAGGAUGAGUUUGAAUCAGAAAGAGGGUCUGGCUGGGCUCCUCUUCUCCUGACAUUGAUGUACGAGUACACUAAUCCAACAUCUCACUGGAAGCCGUAUUUAAACCUGGUGCCUGAAGUAACAGUCUUAGACCAACCCAUGUUUUGGAACGUAGAGGAGAGACAAAGAGAACUGAAAGGGACUGGGAUUGAGGAAGAUGUUGAAAAUGAUGUACAGGGCAUCAAGGAGGAAUAUAUUACUACAGCUUUGCCUUUUAUUAAGAAGUAUCCACAGUAUUUCAGUGAGUCCUGUCACAGUCUUUCUCUGUACAAACACAUGGCAGCAUUUGUCAUGGCCUACAGUUUCACUGAACAUAAGUCAAGUCCUGAUGAUGAUGAUGACGAUGAUAGUGAAGAUGAUGAUGAUGAUGAAGAUGAGAAUAAUGAUGCAGCUCCUGCCAUGGUGCCAAUGGCAGACAUACUUAAUCAUAUCAGUAACAAUAAUGCUCACUUGGAGUUUGGUACUCAAACUCUGACAAUGGUGGCAACGCAAGAUAUUCCAAAGGGACAGGAAAUUUUCAAUACUUAUGGUAACCUUGCCAACUGUCACCUUCUGCAGUCAUAUGGAUUUGUGGAGGAAGAAUUACCAAAUCCAUAUGACAUGGUAGAGUUACCCAUCAGUGCAUUUAUUGAGGUAAUGAAGGACAAUCAGUCACAACAGGAGAAAGGAAUAUUUCACUCUAAGCUUGAGUUCCUAGAAGAAGCAGGUGUGGCUUCCAAGGAUGACUUGUUUCUUUUUGAACGUGAGGGAUGUUCACACUUUGGUCCAGAUUUGUAUGCUACUCUGAGAAUCCUUCAUCUGUCUGGAGAGAAGUUCAAACAAUUAUUGGAAGAGCAAGUAAAGAAACAGAGAAGUGAAGAAUUUGAUGACAUUGGACAUGUGCUGGAUCAAAUUGAUGAUGAAACUAAAAAGGAUACAUGUUGGAGAUUCUUGGAGCUUGUUUAUAAGGCUGAAUGUGACAAAGGGAAGAAGAAAAGGAAAAUCAAGGAAAAGGACUUGCAACUGAAACAGAAGAAAAUUAAAACUACUGGCUAUGGAAAUUCAGACUCCAUGGAGAGUCUACUGAUCAGCACUAAAGAUUGUGGUAACAGACACAUACAAACUAACAAUGGCAGUUUGGAAAAAAACAAAAUUGAAAGUGAAAAUGAAUUAAAUCCCUGGUCCAAAGAUGACGCUUGUGCUUGUGUGAAGAGAACUUCAGACCCAGGAAAAUGUGAUGCUGAGAGAGAUGAAGCUUCAGAUGUAGAAAGCACAGGGAAAAAGAAGCUAUGCUGUGAUGAGGAUGGCAAAGCUGGUGGCAGCAGUGAUAUCAGUGGGGAUCACAUAAGUAAUGAAAAUGAAACCAACAGCAGAAAUGACAAUUAUGAUGAUGAUGAUAAUGACAAUGAUGACAAUGUCGAUGACAACAGUGAGGAUGAUGAGGAUGAUGAUAGUGGGGAUGAUAGCCAAGAAGAAUCUAAACUAUCUCUAAGUUAUGAGAUGAUAUCUCAGUGGCCAUUGGAAUGGAGGAGAACCCUUAAAAGUGUUGCGGAGUUUUGUGUAAAACAAAGAUACGGAGACAGCAUUAUGAAUGAAGAAAAUACAGUCGAGAACUGCAGCAGAAGACAUCUGUCUGUACUCAGAAUCAAGCAAGGACAGAAAUCUAUUUUCGGGCGCAUUUGUGAACUAGCCACUGACGUUAAUGCAUAGGAAUGGUGGAGGAAUAUUUUGAAGAUAUCAAGUUUAUCAACGAAGAGUACAAAAAUUUCAGAUAGCUACGUGGCAUAAAGUGGCGUUUUUUUUCGCAUUUGACCCCUAUUCUGUGGAACCUGUCUUCAGCAGUCAGCCCGCCAUAUAUCCAUUCCCGUGGGUGACCUGAAUGAUUAAUUAAAAGCGGUUUA